AUGUUGGUACCAUUUGUCUUUGAGCUGCGAAAUAUCAUGGAUUGGAUCUGGACGCAGAGCUCACUUUCCUUCUACCACUGGAUGGAAUUGGAAGAUAUCUACGCCAAAAUCUUUAUUCAUAAGUGCUGGCGCCGCUCGGAAUUGGCUUAUCCUACUCCACGUGGUCAGAAUCGAAAGAUUUCGUCUAAAUACGUAGUCGGCUUUCUCUUCCUCGGCUUCCUCUUUAUAUGCUUCUGGGGUCCUCUGGCUCUCACUACCGUUAUGGUCAGCACAUUCACAGUGAACACUCCAGUCGAAUGCACUUUUAGUCUUUCUUUCGGUGGCUUCCCGGUGAGUUUUUAA